AUGGUCCCCUUCAGCUGCUCCUCCAUCCGAACCACCACCUGCUCGGCCACCCUCUACCACAUCACCACCGCCGCCAACACCACGCCGCAGAAAGUCGCCUCCGACUACUCCGUCUCCCCGUCCCAGCUAAAGCCCAUCGCCCACCUCGACCGCCAGGACCUGCUCGUCACGGUGCCCUGCGCCUGCCAGGGCGUCAACGGGACCGUCGCCUACUUCUACGACACCCACUACGCCGUGAAAACCGGCGACACGUUCGCCAACGUGUCGGCGGAGGUGUACAGCGGCCAGGCCUGGCCGACGGGGGACGAGGCGAGGAGGUUCAUCGCCGGGAAGAGCGUGACGAUGAACCUGUUGUGCGGGUGUUCGGCCGGCGAGGAUGUGGUGACGUACACCGUUCAGGACGGGGAUACGUUGUUCGGCGUGGCGACGAUGUUGGCGUCCGAUGUGAAGGGGAUUCAGCGGCUGAAUGGCAAGUUGCUGGGGAACUCGAGUGAUUUUAUUGACGUCGGCGAGGUUCUGUUUGUGCCGGUUACGAUCAACAACGGAACUCUGUUGGGUUAA